AUAAGAAAUGGUCAGAUUGGAUCCGGAAAAGUACACAUUAAAAGAAUACAACUCUAUGGAUUUCUACAGCGUCAGGAUCGACAAUAUAAACAUCCUCCCCAGCGUAAAAACAUUAUCGGAUUACUUUCGACAAUGUGGAGUCAUAGAACGUGUAUACGUGCACUCAAAAAUCACAGACGGGUUCCUUAAACGGUUCGCCCAUAUCACCUUCAAAGAUAAAUACUCUGUAGUGCUCGCACUAAGGUUGAACAAAACACUUUUUAACGAUCAAAUUAUUUCUGUCAAAAGAAAAAGAACCAAACGGUUUUUCUUUAAAAACCAGUUCUGUUUUAGUAAUUUUGAUUUAUUAAAAAGAAAAGUGUAUAUGUGAACUAGAAGUAAAUUUAGUUAAUGUAAUAAUAAAUAUGUGUGUUGUUGUUGAUUUUGUUUUUCUUAUUUUUUAACCAAUGGUUUUAAUAUGUUUACGAUAUGCAGUAGUACUAAAAAUGCUAGUUAGUUAGUCUCAUUUAUUAAUUAUUAUCAUGUAUUAUAUUUUUGUGACGAGUGUAAAUACUUAUA